AUGCAUCAUGGUUGUCGUCGCCCUCCACCCUUUAAUUCCUCUCUUUUCGCCCCCCACCCCUCCAGGCAAGUGCUUCAGCUGCCCCUUCGCCUGGCUGCCAUUCUCAGCAGCAGCAGCCGUGCCUUGGAACCUGGAAAACCAUCUGCUGCGUAUCGACCCACGCCGUCACAGGAUGAAGGGGUGGCAGGCACAGCAGGAAGGCCAGGGGUGGCGAGGGCUGGGCAAGGGGUGGUGAAGGGAGAAGCAGCAGCUCCAUUGGACCCAAUUCAGGAGGAGAGGGUUCUGCAGGGAGGGGGGAGGGGUCGGCCAAACGGAGGAACAGCGGCUGGCGCUGUUGCUGCUGCUUCUACAAAAAAUAAGGCGGCAGCGCCGUGGUUCACUGGUGGAUAUGACAUUGACAGGUGGCGCUCUCUGAUUGGUGCGGUGGGGAAGUGGGCGCUCCUGGCAGAGGAGGAAGCAAAGCACACCGUCAGCAUUGAAAAGAUGGGCGACUUUAACGACGCGCUCCAGCGUCAGCAACCACCUCGCAACCCCUAUUUCUUAAGGCUGAUGUGUGUGCGGGCUGCUGUUAGACUGUCAGCAUCGUUGCUACGUGCGCAUCGCAAGCAAGUCAUGCACCGGGUAGCGCUAAACAAGGCAGCAUUCCUUUUGAGUCAAUUCAAGAACAAUGGUGGAAUGAUCAAUGCUAGCUCAUUCCACAAUCUCAUCCCAUAUCCCAUCCACCUCCUUCCCCGACCCUGCUUUCCGCUUCCCUUAUACCAGAUCGACGAUCAGGAUCGCAUCAAGGCAGCACGGACGGCCUUUGGCAACCCGUACCGCCAGGACAAGCCAGAGCUGCCCACAGCCAACGAGGCAUUCCUGCGCCUGGACGACCAGAGCCCAGGCGCACCUAGUGGAGGCCCACCCGCCAGUGCAGGCUCAUCUGGUGCAGGCUUAUCUGGCGCUGCUGCUGGCGGCGCUGGUGGUGUUGCUGGUGGUGGUGGGGCUGCUGCUGCUAGUCCUAACAGUGCUGCUGGUGCCAGUGGUGCUGCUUCUCCCACUGUGCUUGCCCUUGCUCGCUCUCAGAAACGGCGGCGGCGGUCAGAAUCCCCAGCGCCCCCAUCACCAUCGCCCCCUGUGUCACCUCACCCCUCUCCUCCUUCCUCACCCUCCCCUCCUCCCUCUCACACUCCCUCGUCCUCUCCAUCUCCCCGUCCGCCCCUGUCCUCCACGUCACCCCGUGCGGUGCCUGUCCAAGCCUCGCCAUCAGCCCCGGCCAUACCCCAAGCCAACCGAGCCUCAAGGCCUGGUGGGGUCGCUGCUUCUGUGCGGCCAGCCACUCACAGCAGCGGUUUGGAAGCAACAGCGCCCCCUGCUGCUGCUGCUUCAGCUGUUUCUUCUGCAGCACCAGGCAAUGUUACUGGUGCCUCUGGUUCUCGCCCUGUUUCAACCGCAGCAGGAGCAGGAGCAGCAGGAGCAGCAGGAGCAACAGUUGGGAAACCUGGAGCAGCUGCCCCAUCCUCUCACACCACUGCAAAACCAGCUAAAGCAGGAGCCACAGCAGCGCCUACAGAUUCAGUUAUGGAAGAAGGUCGUGUUGAGUCAGGAAGGGGUGCUGUAGCUGCUGCUGCUUCUGCAGAUGCUCCCAGUAGUGCUGUGCUGGCUACACCACCAGAUUUCUCUGCUGCCACUGGCCCUGCUGUUUCUUCAGCCACAGUGGAAGAAGAAAAACGACACGAGCUCAGCCAUCCACUGUUCAUGCCAGAGAGCUGUUACCGGGCGGCACAAGCGAUGGAGAGGCGACAGCAGGAGGCCAUGCAAUGGCCCAGAGAAGCGGCAGCAGGAGAGCAGAGAGGCCCAGGUCAGGGGGAAGAGGUAGGAGGGGUUUCUGAGUGUAGACAAACAGGGGUAGCAGAGGAGAUAGGAGACAGGGGUGUAGCAGGAGAGGGAAGAGGGCCAGGGGAGGGUAGAGGCGCAACGGAGGGUACGGGAGGAAUGGAGGGUAGGGGAAGAGGUGCAAAGCGGCGGAGGGUGAUAGCGGAGGGGGAGUCACGGGAUUGGACGGUGGAUGUGGGGCUGGAGGAGAGGGUGGAGGAGCAGGAGGAUGUUGUCGCGCUGGCAAUGCGGAGGGGCAAUCCUCGCUGGCGCACUGUGCGCACGCCAGCUGGCAAUGAGAGGGAUCAGGAGGAGGUGGUGGAUUUUCUGCUGUCGAUUUACCGGGUGCUGCGGUCCGCACGUCCCAACAACACGAAGCAGCUCUUUGCUCUUCUCUCGGUGCCCGACUUCCCCGUGGACAAACGCCAUUUUGUACAACAGCUUGUAGAAAAGGCUCGCAGAUUUAACAAGCCAUUCCUUGUGAGGGAAUUCUCUCCAGGGGAACUGCAGUUCUCCUUCCUCGUUGGCGAAUAUCCGGAAGAGAGCAGAUGGCGCUCGGCGGGACUAUCUGUUGAUCCUGAGUCGUUCGCCAAGACUACAGCACUCGAGGUGAUUCACGCGCGCUGGGCUAUGCUUGGCGUCGUCGCGUGCCUCGUCCCAGAGACCGCUUUCCGGAUACUUCAAUCUUCACACCUCGCUGGCGGCAGCAACAUCGACUCUCUAGGAAGCUCGAUCCUUGAUAGUACGACAAGCUUGAUCGAAUCUUGUAACUUUUGCACAGCUAAGUCCAUCCUCGCUAUUGGCGCGAUCCAAAUCCUCGGCAUGGCUGCGGUAGAGGCGUUUCGAGUCUCAGGGGGGCCUCUAGGCGACGCAAGCGGCUCUGUUUACCCAGGGGGGUUCUUCGACCCGCUGGGUUUGGCAGACAGCAGUAACGCAACUGAGCUGGCGAAGCUCAAGGCCAAGGAGCUUCAGAACGGGCGGCUGGCCAUGUUCUCUAUUUUGGGAUUCGCAGCACAGGCGGCCGUGACAGGGAAGGGACCAGUUGAAAACCUGAUGGAGCAUAUGGCGGAUCCCAAGGUGCACAACGCCUGGACCGGGCAAGGCAGCCGGGAAUGGACGCGUGUGGAGGAGGUGGAGGGGCUGUGGCUGUGCCGUGCGUUUCUUACAGCGAGGGAGCAAGCCAUUGUCCUGAAUGCUAUUGCACGAGAAAAAUGGUUCGACCCACCAGUAAAAAAUCAGGCCAUGCGGUUUGGUAACCUUCCCCUUAUUGCCGUUCGCCUGACCCAGCUUAUCCGAGCUGCUGCUUUGGAACAAGCUCUAGUCUUCACUGCUGCCGUUGCUGCUGCUGCUGCUGCUGCUGCUCCUGCUGCUCAUGAUGUUGUUCCUGCUGUUCCUGCUGCUGCUGCUGCUGCUGCUGCUGCUGCUGCUGCUGCUGCUGCUGCUGCUGCUGCUGCUGCUGCUGCUGCUGCUGCUGCUGCUGCUGCUGCUGCUGCUGCUGCUGCUGCUGCUGCUGCUUCUGAUGCUGUCGCUGCUGACACUGCAGCUGUUGGUGCUGACGUGGACGCGUCUGUUUUGAGUCAGAGAACGCAUGCUGCUACUCCUACUGCCGCAGUGGCUGAUCAUGCCAUUAUCACUGCUGGUGCAGUAGCAGCAGUUUCCAGAGCGGCUGCUGUGGGCAAUCUGGCUCACACGCACUGGUGUAAUGGAGAAGCUACUAGAGGGGAUGGAGCGAUUGCUGUCAGUGGAGUGAUGAGUGAGGAGAGGGAUGCAGGUUGGGAUGAUGGUGCUGCUUGCAGUGGGAGGGGGCUGCGUGAGAAGAGUGGAGGAGGGGGGAAUGGCAAGCAUGCGAAUGCCGAGCUCUACCGAGUUGUUGGAGCCGAACCUGAGAAGCCUGGGACUGACUUGAAAGUUGGAAGUGAGCUAUUGCAGGCGGGUGGACCUGAAGCUGACGAAGCUGAGCAGUUGCAAGCGCAGCCGCUGUCUCAGCGUGUGCUGCUGCGAGAGCCCCUGUUUGAUCAGAUGAUUGCCAACUGGUACAGCAGAGACGAGGCGAAGGCGAAGGCGCUUUACCGGGAUGCUCUCAGGACUGCGCGACUCGCGCCGCCUGAAUCCCGAGCUGAUCUGCAGAAGAUUAUACGAGACGAAGCAGAGAAGCAUGCGGGGGAGAACGACAUCAGCAAAAUACGGUUCUACAUGACGGAGAUCCGGCAGGCACUGCAGUCGGACAUGAGCAAGGCUAAGGGGUCGUCCAGGCACAGAGAGGAGGCCCAGCUCAUCCUCCGCUCGCCAAUUGCCCCACCAAUGCGCAUCAUUGACCUGCCUGGGAUCGAAAAGGCGUCUCAAAUGGACGGAGCAUUCCAGGACAACGUGUCCAACAACGAUGCAGUCAUCCUGGUGGUGGUCUCUGCCACGGCCGUCAAGGACUCUCUCAAGAUCCUCCGCAUCGCACACGACAUUGACAGAGAAGGUGUGAGAACGAUUGGAGUAAUUACAAAAUUCGACCAAGUCAUGAAGGACAGAGACACGGCGAAGCUGGCAGUAGACCUGCUGCAGAGGCAGGGGGCGGCCAUGGCUCAGGACUACCCGUGGGUGGCUGUGAUUGGGCAGCCGCUGGGGGACAAGGACACAAACGAGCCCAUGGAUGGCGCAUGGCAGGAGGAGUUCAAGGUCCUGUCUCAGGUGAUGCGGGCGAAUGGAGUGAAGGGCAUGGAUACACCCAUGGGUCGCGACGCACUGCUGCGGCUGAUUGCUCGCACCGUGCGGCACAAGAUGAAGGAGAAGAUUCCCCGCAUCAUGUCCGCUUUGAAUGGCUCGCGUGCGCUCGCCCUGGAGCUGUGCCGAGGGUUUGAAACCAAGUUCUGUGAACACCUGGAUGGCAGUGAGGGCGGAGGGUCGCAGAUGGUGGAGAAGUUUGUGGGCACGCUGCCUCUGCGCUUCAGAGGGCUCCCACUGGACGAAAUGUUCAGCUUUGACAACGUCAAGAAGGUGGUGAUGGUGGCGGAUGGGUACCAGCCAUACCUGCUGUCGCCAGAGAAGGGCCUUCGUCUGCUCAUCAAGAGGAGUCUGGAGCUGGCCAAGCAGCCCGGCAUUGACUGCGUGGAUGAGGUGCACAAGAUCCUCGUGGACAUCGUUGCAGGGGCCGCAUCCCAAGCCCCUUCGCUCGUCCGGUUCCCACCCAUGAAAACAGAGCUGGUGGCCAUAGCAUCAGCAGCACUGGACGAGUAUCGGGCGGAGGCGAAGCGCAUGGUGACGGCCAUCGUGGACAUGGAGAAGGGCUUCGUGCCGCCGUCUCACUUCAUUGAGGCAGAGUAUAAGCGCCUCACUUAUUCUUCGUUCUUCCACGCCACCCCCCCUCCCCCCUUAACAACCUUCCACCAGUCGACAGGAGACAGUGGGGGAGGUCGCUUCGCCUCUGCCAUGUCGUCCUUCAGCCGCAAGAAGGAGCCUCCCCCACCUCCGCCCCCCACCGAUGCCUCUCAGCCCCUGGCUCCCAUGAAGGAGCUUGCAGGGUUCUUAUGGAAAGUGAGCUCCAAGGGAGGGUGGAGCAAGCGCUGGUUCGCACUCAGCGACAAGACUGCUCGGCUCUACUAUGUGAAGAAGCCUGAUGAGAAGACGCCUAGGGGAGUCAUUCCUCUCGAGGUAAGGCACUACACUAGCGGUGCCGCGUUGAGUUGGGCUGUGGUGUGGAGGAAGGACUGCAUAGUAGACGAGAUAGUGCCUCCAGAGGAGGUGCCAUCAGCGUCAGACAUCAAAGCGGGGUCCAACCCUUCGGCUCAGGCACUCUCCUUCAAGAUCGGCAACAGAGUGCCGUACAAGACCGUGGUCAAAGGGUCCAACCCCUCAGCACAGGCACUCUCCUUCAAGAUCGGCAACAGAGUGCCGUACAAGACCGUGGUAGUCCACCAGUCGCUCAUCCUCCGAGCAGACAACAUGGCGGAGAAGCAGCAGUGGGUGGCGCGCCUGCGCAGCCACACCAAGGCCUUCAAGGAGGCCCCGCCUCCACCCCCCCCUUCCUCCUCCACCGGGGGAGACACCGACCAAUCAGGAGACGAAGGGGCCGGCAGGGAUGGGGAUUCUGCUGGUGCUGGUGGUGGGAGUGGGGGCAAUAUUGUGCCGGGGGCGCUGGGGCAGGGAGGGGGAGGGGUGGCGGGGGCGGGGCGGGUGGUGAAUCCGGAGGAGGAGCUGAGGUACCAGGUGACAGAGGUGCGGCGAUAUGUGCAAGCGGUGCUUGUUCACCUGGCAGACAACAUUCCCAAGGUGCGGCAUUAUGUGCAGGCAGUGCUUGUGCAUCCCCACACUAAAUGUGUGCCUGUGGUGCCGGCUCAGGUGGAGCAAGCGGGAAGUUCAAUCCUGACGAAGCUGUACCAGACGGUGAAGCUGCAUAUUCAGGCCAUCGUGUUAUCUCAGGUGGAGCGAGCACGGGACUCCAUGCUCACCAAGCUGUACCAGACAGUGAGCAGCAUGUCAGACGACAAGCUGCAUUCCAUGCUGCAGGAGGAUGCGGAGAGCGCCGGCAAGCGUGACAAGUUCAAGCGCAUGCGCGAUGCCAUGCUGCAACUGAAGCGAGCGCUUAGUUUGCACGAGGCGCGGGCGUCUGCUGAGGAUGAAGGGCAAGGCACCAAGGAGACAGUGGACGCAUGGAGAACAGCUUUCAACAAGGCAGCCCCUGCCUCUCCUUCAAUCCCCGAAGAACCUUCUGCAGAUUCCAACACUCUUCCCUCCCCUUCCUCUCGGAAAUCGCCCCCACCACCGCCCUCCUCCUCCUCCUCAUCAUCAUCAUCCUCUUCUUCCAAAGCCUCCAAAUCUUCAGCCUCGGCAGCCGUAGCAGCUGCUGCAGCAGCAGCGGCCGGUGCUGCUGCUGCUUCUCCCACCCCUCCGACCUCAUCUGCAGCAGCAGCAGCAGCAGCAGGAGCAGCAGCAGCUGCAGGAGCGGGGGCUUCCUCUUAUGGUAUCACACAUGCAUCGUCAUUCCAGCCUUCCCGCUCCUCCUCCGCCAAUCAACAGCCGCCAGCUAUCACCCGAGGCAUGACCAUGGGCUCCGUGCCCAACCCGCUAGGUGCGGGAGUUCCCGGAGCUAUGGUCCCAGGUCCGGUGAUGGCUCGGGGACCGCCCAUGGUCCCGUCUGCAAGUACUGCCAGGAGUGCGAGUCCGCUGCGGCAGACCCUGGCAGGGGGGAUGGAUGCAGGAGGGGGGAUGGGGAACCCCUUGCGUGCCACGUCUAGGAGAACCCCUCCUGCCCCGCCCACUGGUUUCAGCUUCAAGUAA